AAUUUUUUUUCUGAAUUGCUCCGGAACACGGACUUGCAUAUUUGCUUUAGCCCGUGCCUUCCUCUUGCCGUUGAGAGCGCAAAGUUCCCGAGCGUCUCAGCGUCUCCAACCUUAAAAUUUCCCUCCCUUUUGGCAAUCCUGGACUGGUGAAUUCGUCGCGCCGCAUUCCUAAUAAUAUCGCCAACCUUUUAUCCCCUCUUCGUGGUCACUUAAACCAGCUCGCCCUCACAAUGUCUCCUCCAGUUGGUGGCGGUCGCGAGAAGGAGUCCAACCUGGCGCGGUUGCUCGGAUCAGGCUCUGCGGGUAUCUCUGAGCUCGCUGUGUUCCAUCCCGUCGACACAAUCGCCAAGAGGCUUAUGAGCAACGAGAGCAAGGUUUCGGGCAUGAGCCAACUUAACGCAGUCAUCUUCAAGGAUAAGGCAUCCGCAACGGCGGGCCGGAAGUUCUUCUCUCUAUUCCCUGGCUUGGGCUACGCUGCCGGUUACAAGGUGCUGCAGAGGAUAUACAAGUACGGCGGGCAGCCCAUCGCGCGCGACUGGCUCACGGCCGGCUACGGCAAAGACUUCGAGAACGCUUUCGGAAAGAAGUCGGGCAAGGCGAUACUCCACUCGACGGCCGGAAGCCUGAUCGGCAUCGGCGAGAUUGUCUUGCUGCCUCUGGACGUUCUCAAGAUCAAGCGCCAAACAAACCCCGAGGCCUUCCGUGGUAGGGGCGUGAUCAAGAUUGUGCAGGACGAGGGCUUCGGCCUGUACAGGGGGUGGGGCUGGACCGCGGCCAGGAAUGCGCCGGGUUCGUUUGCACUGUUCGGUGGAUCUGCCUUCGCCAAGGAGUUCCUCUUCAAGCUCGAGGACUACAACAAGGCGUCGUGGUUUCAGAACUUCGUGGCUUCGAUCGCAGGAGCAUCAGCCUCGCUCGUGGUGUCAGCCCCGCUGGACGUCAUCAAGACUAGGAUCCAGAACAGGAACUUCGAGAACCCGGAGAGCGGUUUCCGCAUCCUGUCCAACAUGGCCAGGAAUGAGGGGAUGUCGAGCUUCUUCAAGGGCUUGGUGCCCAAGCUCCUGAUGACGGGUCCCAAGCUCGUCUUCUCUUUCUGGCUCGCUCAGACCCUUAUCCCUGCUUUCGACAAGGCCAUUGCAGGCCGCUAGGCAUUCGCAGCUUGGUUUGAAGCGGGCGAGGGGUGCACGAGUCUGUAAUACUAUAUACAAGAUCUCACUCGUGAUCUCGUCUUUUUUCUCAUCUUCUUCGAUUCUUGUUCUUUUUAGAGGGUUUGAUCACUGACGUUGGAGGCAUCUGAAAAUGAGGCGUUACGAUUCGUUACGAUAUAACCAGAACUCAGGACCGGACGCCAUCGGCCCAUUGUCCGAAGCAAUCAUGUGUAUAGAUAUAGGGUAGAUUUGGCAUCUGUUGGAGUGGUAGGUCGGGUAUCUUGUGCUGCCAAUUCUCAGCUCUUUCCCAUAUCCUUUUUUUCGCGG